AUGACGGGAAAUGUUGAUGAUCCAAUAUCUCCACGUGUUCAAGAUGACCCAAUAUCUGCACGUGUUCAAGAUGACCCAAUAUCUCCACGUGUUCAAAAUGACCCAAUAUCUCCACGUGUUCAAAAUGACCCAAUAUCUGCACGUGUUCAAAAUGACCCAAUAUCUCCACGUGUUCAAGAUGACCCAAUAUCUCCACGUGUUCAAAAUGACCCAAUAUCUCCACGUGUUCAAAAUGACCCAAUAUCUGCACGUGUUCAAAAUGACCCAAUAUCUCCACGUGUUCAAAAUGACCCAAUAUCUCCACGUGUUCAAAAUUACCCAAUAUCUCCACGUGUUCAAAAUUACCCAAUAUCUGCACGUGUUCAAGAUGACCCAAUAUCUCCACGUGUUCAAAAUGACCCAAUAUCUCCACGUGUUCAAAAUGACCCAAUAUCUCCACGUGUUCAAGAUGACCCAAUAUCUGCACGUGUUCAAGAUGACCCAAUAUCUCCACGUGUUCAAAAUGACCCAAUAUCUCCACGUGUUCAAAAUUACCCAAUAUCUGCAUGUGUUCAAAAUGACCCAAUAUCUCCACGUGUUCAAGAUGACCCAAUAUCUCCACGUGUUCAAAAUGACCCAAUAUCUCCACGUGUUCAAAAUGACCCAAUAUCUCCACGUGUUCAAGAUGACCCAAUAUCUCCACGUGUUCAAAAUGACCCAAUAUCUCCACGUGUUCAAAAUGACCCAAUAUCUCCACGUGUUCAAGAUGACCCAAUAUCUCCACGUGUUCAAAAUGACCCAAUAUCUGCACGUGUUCAAGAUGACCCAAUAUCUGCACGUGUUCAAAAUGACCCAAUAUCUCCACGUGUUCAAGAUGACCCAAUAUCUCCACGUGUUCAAGAUGACCCAAUAUCUCCACGUGUUCAAAAUGACCCAAUAUCUGCACGUGUUCAAAAUGACCCAAUAUCUCCACGUGUUCAAGAUGACCCAAUAUCUCCACGUGUUCCUGCAGUUCAUCAAUAA